GCCACGCUGUUUCUCUCUCUCUUUCUUUGGGUGCUUUGGGUGUUUCUCUCUCUACUGCCGCGACAACCCCCUCCCUUGCCCUCUUCUCCCCAACAUCUCUUAUUUCCUCGGGUUUCGCUCCCUCACCCCCACACCCCCCAUCUCUCUCUCCUCUCCUCUCCUCUCCCUCGCCGCUGCUUCCGCUCUCUAUCCGAGCGCGACCGAGGACGAAACCGCCGCUAUAAGUAGCGAGCCCCGCUUGGGAUCGGAAUGCUCGUGGGGAGAUGAGCAAUUCGGAGGUGGAGGAGGAGUCCGAGGAGGAGGAGGAGGAGUUCUAUGAGUCCUUGGAUCGGAUCCUCUCGUCGUCGUGCUCCUCCACCUCCGCCUCCGACGACGACGCCGACCACCACCACCACCGAGGCGGCGGGCGGUCGCCGGUGCCCCGGUUCCCCGCCGCGGCGGCGUCCCUCGAGGUGUGGAUCGCCGAGCCCGCGCCCGUCGAGGAGCGGCGGCGCCGGCUCCUCCUGCAGAUGGGCCUCGCCGGCGACCCCGCCCUCGCCCGUCGCCGACCGGCUCACGACGCCGGGGCCGCGCCGCCGGAGAUGGGGAGAUCCGUCUCCUGCGACGGGGUCUUCCCCUCUACGUCGUCGGCCUCCUCCUGUGGCGGCGCCGCCGCCGCCGCCGCCGACUCCGUGAUCGCCCGAUCCAGAUCCGAGGGCUCCGUCGACCCCAAUCCUGUAAAUAGACCUUUACUAAAUCCGCAGCAGCAUCGGCCCCGCCACCAACGAUCGGCGGUCCAUUUUCCGAUCUCCAGCAAGCCCCCCCUCGUCGGACGAUCUCGGCCGUUGUCGGCCGGGAGUCUCGAGGUCGCCGACGGAGACGAAGGGGAUCGCGAGGGAAAGCUCGGAGAGGAGGACGAGGACGAGGACGGAGACGAAGCGGAGGGCGGCCGCGGCGAUCCCCAGUGCCUGAUCAAGAAUUUAGACAACGGCCGCGAGUUCGUGGUCAAGGAAUUCCGGGAGGACGGGAUGUGGAACAAGCUCCGCGAGGUCGGGACCGGCCGCCAGCUCACCAUGGAGGAGUUCGAGAUGUGCGUCGGCCGGUCCCCGAUCGUCCAGGAGCUGAUGAGGAGGCAGAACGUUGAAGACUCCAGAAGCGGCGGCCGCGGCGGCGGCGGCGGCGGCGGCGGGAGCGGGAGCUCCGGAACUGCGCCGCGGAGUGGCGGGUCGGACGUGGGCAAUGGCGCGAGGUCGAAGAAGAGAGGGGGCUGGCUCCGCAGCAUCAAGAACGUCGUGGCGGCCGGUGGCCACCACCGUGACCGCAGGAGCAGCGACGAGAAGGACACGUCGUCGGAGAAGGGAGGAGGGAGGCGGUCGAGCUCGGCCACCGACGACAGCCAGGACGGGCCCCACUCGCUCAGCCAUGGACCCCAGCGGACCAAAGUGCGCCAUUUCGGGAAGUCCCAAAAGGAGCUAACCGGGCUCUACAUGAGCCAGGAGAUACAGGCGCAUAGCGGAUCCAUAUGGAGCAUCAAGUUUAGCCUCGAUGGUCGGUAUUUGGCGAGCGCCGGCGAGGAUUGCGUCAUCCAUGUGUGGGAGGUCAGGAAGGGAGAGUUCUUGGUUGAGAAGGCAUUGGAGGAGAAUGGGAACAAUUACUAUCCUAUUGCUGCCGCAGUUAGUAAUGGGUCUCCGGAGCCGAAUUUGGCGUUAGCUUGCGUAGAGGGGAACCACUUGGAGAAGAAGGGAAGGGCGAGGGUCUCCGGCCGCAGAAAGUCUGCGAGCUCGGACCAUUUGAUGGUGCCGGAUCAUGUAUUUGCUCUGUCGGAGAAGCCUAUCUGCUCUUUCAGAGGGCAUCUGAAGGAUGUCCUUGAUCUCUCUUGGUCCAAAUCGCAGUACCUUCUUUCCUCUUCAAUGGACAAAACUGUUAGAUUGUGGGACAUGUCCAGCAAUUCCUGUUUGAAAAUGUUCUCCCACAGUGACUAUGUGACUUGUAUCCAGUUCAAUCCUAUUGAUGACAGAUACUUCAUUAGUGGGUCCCUAGAUGCAAAAGUGCGUAUCUGGAGUAUUCCGGAUCGUCAAAUCGUCGACUGGAAUGAUCUGCAUGAAAUGGUCACUGCUGCUUGUUAUAGCCCCGACGGACAGAGUGCUCUGGUUGGCUCACACAAGGGGAGUUGCCGCUUGUAUGAUACAUCUGAUAAUAAGCUUCUUCAGAAAAGUCAAAUUGACUUGCAGAACAAGAAAAAGAAGUCCAAUCACAAAAAGAUUACUGGUUUCCAGUUUGCUCCUGGGAGUUCCUCAAAGGUGCUUAUCACAUCUGCUGAUUCACGAAUCCGGGUUAUUGACGGUGUUGAUUUGGUUCACAAAUUUAAAGGGUUCCGAAAUACCAACAGCCAAAUCUCUGCCUGCGUAACGGCAAAAGGUAACUAUGUGAUCUGCGCCAGCGAGGACUCUCACGUGUAUGUGUGGAGAGAUAAUGGCGACUCCGAUUCUCGACCAAGCAGAAGCAAAAACGGUGUUGUCACUGUUACACAGUCCUACGAGUACUUCCACUGCCACGGUGUUACGGUAGCCAUCCCUUGGCCCACCACCGCCAAAGGGGCACUACCGGAAACUCAUCCGAGUAAGCAAAAUGGCGUAGACGGAGAACCAAAGCAUGCACAAAGGAGCAUAUCAAGCGAUAGGGUUUGCGCGACUUGGCCUGAAGAGCUCGUGACUGCCAACAAGAAGAGCCAUAAUGGUAAUACCGAUCUAAACGGGGGUUCACCGGUUAAUAGCCGACCAGCGUGGGGAUUGGUGAUCAUCACUGCAGGCCGCGGGGGCGAGAUCAGAACUUUCCAGAAUUUUGGGGUCCCCGUCCGAGCAUGAAAGGGCAUGAGGAGGACACAUCGGAUCGAACAGUAUUUCCGCGGUUCUAACAUUUGGGAUAAUUGCAAUUAUCCUGUGUAUAGAUAAGAGUGAAGAGGAACCGCAUUUAGCCUGGCAGCGAAGCUAAUAUUCUUCUUCGACUCGGCUAUAAACUGUUAUUUAGUUGAAUUUUUGUACAUGAAAGUGGAACCUUGGAAAAAGAAAAAAAGAAAAAGAGAAAAAAGAAAAAGAGAGAGAGAGAGCUACACAUUGGUUUGGAUGGAUUUGGACAAAUUCUUUUGGAUCGCUUGCUAGGGCAGGUGUGUAGUAUUAGAUUACCCCAUUGUCAGUUUUUUUUUCUUCUUUUGUUUUUCUUUUUCACUAUAUAUUGUUGUAAGAAGCAAAAGAAAUUCAAUAUUACAAAAAGGUUUACGGUUA